AUGGCCGACAACCAAGAGAAGGGUAUCGUGGGGCGAGCACGUGGAAUGUCGUUGUCGUUACUGCACACGACGCCGCAGUUGGGCAUGUGGCAAGCCACAGCAACAGCCAUGGCUCAAGCACCAAAUUUGACUGAAUUGAGAGAGCCGGAAUCUGGCGGCUCGAACAUCACGUUUGAUGCACAUGGCCAUGCAACUCGUAUCGCGGUACCAGAUGACGACGGCGAACUCACCUUGGUCAAGUCGCAGACGAGGAUCCUCAGUCGCCCAGCAACAGACGCUGAUUUACCGGGAGAGGUACACAAUAAGGCCGAGAAGCAUUCUCGAAAGCAUCAUGGCCACGGAUUCCAUCGGCGUCCGACUCUGAAGGAGAAACACGCAUCCGCCCACAAGGAACCAUGGGGUUCUACCAUCAAGCAUGGUCUCAAGGCGUUCUGGGUCUUCUUCCUCACACCAUCGGGCUUCCUGAUUACCAUUUAUGGCCUCAACAUUGUUGCAUGGGGCGCAAUGCUUUUCUUCCUGCUCCUCAAUGCCGCGCCGGCCAUGUGCCACCCCAGCUGCGACGACGACAACAGCGCGCGGAAGAUCUGGCUGGAGAUUGAUAGCCAGAUUCUCAACGCGCUUUUCUGCGUCACGGGCUUCGGCCUAGCACCCUGGCACUUUCGCGACUUCUACUGGGUGUUGCGCGCCGUGCACGCUCACGAUGCAAAUGCCAUGCGCCGCCUCUUCAAUCAGAACAAAGCCUGGUUCCGCCCACCGGCUUGGUUUACGGAUAACGAGGGCUGGCGCGGAGAGGAAGAGCUACAGCCUGCGACGUUCACUGGAAUGAGGGCGCCGCCUACAAGUAUGUGGAAGUUGGCGUUCACGGUGGACAUGAUGGUGUUGAACACGCUGUUGCAGGCGGUGCUUUGUUUCUUCAUGUGGCAUUACAAUCGAUUAAAUCGGCCGACUUGGGCAACCGGUACCUUCAUUGCUCUUGGAUGCGGCGUUGCGAUGUUCGCGGGUAUCAUGUCUUGGUGGGAGGGGCGGAAGGUGAAGAAGAUCGAAGGCCCGGAGAUCAAAAUAGAGGCCAAAGCAGAACAGUCGGUUGAGGAUAGCGGAGUCUAG